ACUGUGCAGCAUAACCCAGGAGAGCCGGCGAGGCGAGGCGCGGUGAGGCGUACGGCAGCAGCAUCUGGACGGACGGCAGAUUAUCGAGGGAAAAACCCAGAUCUGGAGCGUUCCUCCCGAUGCCUGCAGAUGGUUCUCAGUUCAAACCUUUUCUGCUUCCGUUUCUUUCUGAAAACUUGUUUUCCUGGUGAAAAAGAGAAGAAGGAUGUAUUUAAACAACAGAAACAAUCCAGUCAACGCCGAGAGGAGUAAGAAGAACAUAAAAGGAAAGACAUGGGCUCACUUGAGGACAACUCAGCGCCAAGAAGAAAUCUUCGCCCUGACCUCGACGUCUGGCGGGCGAAACGAGGAGAGAAAUGAGAACCUGACAGAAGACGGAGAGGCGGUGCAGCGCACGGCGUUCGGGAAGGCCCUGCACGAUCUGACUCACUCGGAGAAGGUGGUGGACGACCUGACGUUCGGACGCAGGGUGGGGCUUUACGAGCUGCGGGGGCAGAUCGGCUCCGGAAACUUCUCCCAGGUUAGAUUGGGAAUUCAUGACCUGACCAAAGAGAGAGUGGCAGUAAAAAUCCUGGAUAAGGUGCGCCUGGACAAGCAGUCGCAGGCUCUCUUUUCCUCUGAGAUCUCCUGCAUGGAGAGGCUGACCCACCCCAACAUCGUGCGCCUGUACGAGGUGGUGGAGACGCUGAAGAGGCUCUACCUGGUGAUGGAGUACGCCAGCGGGGGAGAGCUGUUCUCCCGCAUCAGCACCAGAGGGCGACUCUCAGACCUGGAGAGCAAGCUGGUGUUCUCUCAGGUCCUCUCAGCCGUCAGAUACAUGCAUGAUAGUAAUAUCGUCCACAGGGACCUGAAGGCAGAAAAUGUCUUCUACACCAGCACGUACUGCAUCAAAGUGGGUGAUUUUGGCUUUAGCACAUGCUGCUGCCCCAGUGACGUCCUCUCCACCUUCUGCGGCUCUCCGCCCUACGCGGCCCCCGAGCUCUUCAAGGACAAAGGCUACGUGGGUCAGUACGCAGACAUCUGGGCCAUGGGGAUCUUGCUGUACUUCAUGGUGACGGCCACCAUGCCGUUCAAAGCCACCAACACAGGCAGGCUGAAGUGCUGCAUCCUGCAGGGCUCCUACUCCAUCCCUCCGUACGUGCCCCAGUCCUGCCAGGAGAUCAUCAAGGGCCUCCUGAGGCCGGUUCCCGUCGACCGCCUCUCCAUGUCGCAGAUCAUGGCCAGCGACUGGAUGAGAGGCAUCGAGUACCCCCAGGCCUACCCGGCCUGCCGGCCCACGCCCUCUCACCUGACCCAACCCGACUACGUUCUCACCUCGGAGGAGCUGAACGUGAAGGCCGUGCUGGAGGACCUCGGCAUCGCCGAGAUACACCUCCUCAACAACAACCUGGACCUGAGGAGUCCCGUCACCGGGACCUAUCGGAUCCUGCUCCACCGGAUCCAGAAGAGGCGGUCGGUGGAGGCUGUGGGCUACGUCCAGACCUGCAACGGAGAGUCCCAGAACAGAGCCAGGUGGAGGGCGGGCUCCGACGGCCUCCUGAACACACAGCACACUGUGGUUUGUAUCAUCAUGUGAUGGAGUUCAGCCUGAAGCCGCAACCGUGUGAUGAAAAUAACCAGCUCAUGGCAGCUGUUUCUCUCAGGGUCUGUUCUCAUGAUAGCAUAUUGUUCUCUGCAGAAUGUGAUGCAAAAACAAUGUGUUUUCCCAAUAAACGUGGUGUGAACGGUAAAACCGGGACUGCUUGUAACCUGCACAUAUUUCCAUGCAUGUACCUUUAUCUCUGCAGGUUAGCACAGGGAUCCGUCCUGAGAGUUGAAGCAUCACUGGUGCAGUGACGCCAGGAAUCAUUCACCUCACUUCAACACGUUCACAAGCCAAGUUGUGUAAUCGCUACACAGCCGUGCGAUCAAAAGUUUUUGGAAAAUGGCAUUGUGUAAGAGCCGUUUUGUUGUCACAUGGGGUUUCCAGAAGUGUAAAACACAGUUUUGAGUUAAAAUCUGGCUGCGAAAAGCCACGUGUCAUGCAACCUAAUCUGUUGGAGCGCAAUCUGUGACCAUUCUUGGCACUCUCUAUUCCACUGAAAUAACACCCAGUGUUUUUGCUGCCUGGGCUGCAUUCAGACCAAGUGACAGAAACUCCCCGUGACGACUGACGUUCUAUCCGUGCAAUGAGGGCGACGGGAAAACACCAAAACCACGUUUUCUUAUUAACGUGUCAAAAGAUAAAACAUGAUCCAACAAUUUGCGUACUUCAACUUUUUUGCCGAGUUCUGUAAUGACCCUGAGAUGUGCAAAGUAUAAUUAAAGCUGGAUUGUUUUUUUCUUAACUAAUGAUAACAUGUUUCGUAAUGUGUGAACAGAGCAGUCGACUUCUUUCUUGACAGUAAAAUAUUAACGGGUGAAUGCACAAACUGCUGCUGAUCCACAACUUCUGCUGGAUUUUUGCACAACAUGAGUGUUUAUCUUUUUUAAGUCGUAUUUAUAUGCAGGUUUUGUCUGAUGUUGGUUCGGUCUAUUAAUACCGGAAAGGUGUGUAAAAUACAUCCAAAAGCAUGAACCGUGUGUAACAGAGAAAUAAAGCAACGGCUGCUGUAAUACUCUCGUUUUUCAUUUGCGUUAUAUUUUACAUCAGGGCUGUAAAACAUAAGGCCUGUGUGCCAAAACUGUGACGCAUGAGGCUCCGAUCAGGUCUGUCAAGCGAUCAAGCAAACAUUUCAAUGAAAAUGUUCUCUUUUUUUUUUUCUUUUAAGGAAGUUUCUUAAUGGGAGCAACAACACGGAGACCUGAGCUGUGAAAUUGUUGACGCUGCCGUGAAAGUCGGCU